UGACUUUAUUCCGCUUUGUUUUGCGGAGGUGAGAGGACAUGGUGUGAUUAUUAUUGUUAGCGUAAACCCUUGUGUUCAAUGUUUUCCCUUACAAAAAGUAUUUAUUGAGUGAACGGACGUUUUAUUUUGCGAGAUAAGUGUUUUCUUAUUCGAACGUAAACAUAGUGUGAUUUGGAAAGUUACAAAAAUUAUACAUUUGCGCAAUUGUGCGAGCGAGUUGCGAGUAGCGACUCGAUGUCAAUAAACUUGUCGGUGAUAUUUUAUGGGAAAGGUGUGCCGCGUCGCUAAUACCUGUUCGCGGCGGCAGGGUGCAUGAGACCGGGAUGUUGGUGGGUGGCGCCUGGGUGCCAUGGUGUAGCCGGGAGCGAGAUUAACAAGAUGCUGGUUUCAUCGUGUGUAUUUCGACACUCGCAGUCAACUUUGAAACGGGUUCAACGUUGCGACAUCGACGAACGGAGACUAUGCGUAGAUCGAACACGUCGCCACUCCAGAGUAAUACCCUCAGAUGCCUUAAAAACGACCAGCGACGCAAGAUGAUUAAAUAACGAAUAGAUAUUUUUGUACAAAAAAGCGAUAUGAGGAAAUAAUAGAAAAAAAAUAUUUUCAACCGAGUAUUUUUGGAGAUUUUUUCGUAUAGACUAGUAAUGUUUGGUGCUUUAAAGUGUAGUGAGGUGAAAUAGAACUAUCGAUAGUUGAUGGUGAUAGGGUAGUAGGGUGGUUAUGAUGUCGAAGAGCGAGGGGGAGGCCGUGAAAGUCGAGGGGGGGCAUGUCUCCGUCACAACCAUAAGCAUGUCGGGCCCAGAGACAAGCAAUGGUCGUUUCUCGUACAGCUCGAGCGGCGUACGCAUCAGCGUAUCAUCCGAGCCCCACGAUGAAGAUUCCACAGAUGCCGAAAUUUCGAAAAUAGACUUCACACAGCAUCAGUAUGAGGUAAACAUGCGCAACAAGAAGAAACGCUCGUCGAGCGGGCAGUGCGAGGCGGCGGAGCAGGAGCGACCUAUGUCGUGGGAAGGCGAGCUAUCGGACUCGGAGAUGGUCAUCGAUACCAGCGUCAAUAACGAUGAAAACAGCAGUUCCCUCGAUCUGCAGUCAUCACGGGACUCCAUAGACACGCUCCGCAACGUCACCAUAAAGACCGAGCCGCUAAAGUCUGAGGCCUUCCAGAGUUUGGACGACCAGCGGGUCCUGGACCUCAAGUAUACGGUUCCAUUGCAGUCGCACCAGCGGAGUCUUAGUAUGAACAGGAUAUCAGUCCUAACAGACAACGCGUCGCUGACUCUCGCAAGGCGGCCAUCUUCCCCCACCAGCAGUGCCAAAUCAAUCCACUCCGAGUACGAUACGCCUUUGCCGCAAAAUCCAAACAUCGAAGUUCAGAACUUGACCAUCAAAAAGGAGACGCAGCUCUCUGAGCUGAAGUGCGAGCCGUCAGUGAGCAUGGACAAGCUGCUGGGCCUGCACGGGUCGCCGCUGCUGGGCCGCCUGCCGCGCGUGCAGUCCAGCGCCAGCACCGACUCCGCCGUGCAUUCCAUGUACACGCACAGCGUAUACAGCAGUCCGUCGGCCAGCCCGCGACCGUCGCGGCACUACACGCCGUCGCUGUCGCGCAACAACAGCGACGCGUCGCACUCGUCGUGCUAUUCCUACAGCUCGGAGUUCUCGCCCACACAUUCGCCUGUUCAGAGUCGCCACCCACACGUGGUGUACCGCGAGGCGGCCGUGUUCCCCGCGUCGCCCGCGCACGACGAAGACGCCGACGCGGCCGACGAGCGCCUGCACCACCACCAGGGCAUCAGCAGGCAGCAGCUCAUCAAUAGCCCCUGUCCAAUCUGCGGAGACAAAAUAAGCGGUUUCCACUACGGCAUAUUCUCGUGCGAGUCUUGCAAGGGUUUCUUCAAGCGAACGGUGCAGAAUCGCAAGAACUACAUGUGCCUGAGAGGGGGAAACUGUCCUGUUACCGUGGCAACGCGUAAAAAGUGCCCAGCUUGCAGAUUCGACAAGUGCUUGGGAUGUGGGAUGAAGCUAGAAGCGAUAAGAGAGGACAGAACUCGCGGCGGUCGCUCCACGUACCAAUGCUCGUACACGCUGUCCGGCGCCGCGUCCACGGGCUCGCUGCUCUCUGCGCACGCGCCGACUACGUUGAGACACGCGUCCAGCCUCACUUGCGUAAAUGGCCCUGGGUCGUACAGCAGUCGAGGGGAAUCAAGUAACAGCCGACUCACGCCUGACAUACCCCCAUUAUUGCAGGAAAUAAUGGAUGUGGAGCAUUUAUGGCAAUACAACGAGUCGGAGCUGAGCCGCAUGAGCAAGUCCAGCGGCAGCCCGUCCGCCAACCCGCUGCUGGCGGCCAGCGGCAUCACGGCGCAGAACUCCAGCGCCGACUUCCUCGCCGACCUGUGCAACAUUGCCGACCACCGCCUCUACAAGAUCGUCAAGUGGUGCAAGAGUCUGCCGCUCUUCAAGAACAUUUCGAUCGACGACCAGAUCUGUUUGCUGAUCAACAGCUGGUGCGAGUUGUUGGUGCUGUCGUGCUGCUACCGAGGUGUCAGCACUCCGGGGGAGGUGCGCGUCGGGGGCGGCCGCGGCAUCACCCUACACCAAAGUGCCAAAUAUGGUCUGACGCCGUGUAUAGAGCGCAUGCUCAGCUUCACCGACCAUUUGAGGCGGCUACGAGUCGACCGAUACGAAUACGUCGCGCUCAAGGUCAUCGUACUGCUCACAUCUGACGCGCCGGAGCUACGGGAAGCGGAGAAAGUGCGUGCGUCGCAGGAGAAAGCGCUGGCAGCACUGCAGGCGUACACAGCGGCGCACUCGCCCGACACGCCCGCCAAGUUCGGCGAGUUGCUGCUGCGGAUCCCUGAGUUGCAACGAACUUGCCAGUUUUUUAUGCAAGUCGGCAAAGAAAUGCUCAACCCUGCCAACAAGGGCAAAGACGGUGAGGGGCCAAGUUUCAACCUCCUGAUGGAGCUGUUGAGAGGAGACCACUGACCGGCCCACACCUGCUCAACCUGCAACGAGACUAAGCCGUAUCCUAGAUAAGCCUUUAGAAUGACAUUAAUAUAUAACAUAACACUACGACAGUUAACAUAAAUAAAUAAAUACUUAAAUACAAUGAAAUUAUAAAUUGCCUAUGUCACAUUUCGUUCAUUCACUAAAAAAAAAUUCAAUUCUAUCAGAAUAGUCAAUAGUUAUUAAUAUUUUUUUAUUAAUUAUGAAAUCAUAGAAUUACGAGAGAAAACCGAAACAUAUGCCACAUUGUAAUACAUUUCUUUUAUUAGAUUAAUCGAUUCUUUGGAUUAUUGUCAAAUAAAAUAUUUUUAAUUUUCUGUGUAAUAUCGGUCUACAUAAAAAAUUAUGUGGUUGGACGAUGUCUGUCCGAGUCACCUAUGUUAUAUUUAUAAGUUAAUGGUUGCUUCAAGAUCUCUAGAGCUCUAAAUACCUAUGAUGAAUUAAAUGUGA